CCUCUCUUUUUCCUUUCCCCUUCCGUCCCUAUGUUCCCAUUUUAUUCCCUUUCUCUCUUCUUCUUCUUCAUCAUUCACAUUUUAUCUAUCUAUACACACAAGCUUGUUUUGAUUUUGAUGGCAUGAAACCCUAGCUAGCAGUAGCUAGCUCCCCUCCAAUAAUGGACGAUCCUUAUCCUGAACUAGGGAGCUUGGUUCCGGCGAACAACCCCGGCGGCGGCGCCGAAUCUUCCUCUUCGGCGGUGGCGCAGGAGGUUCCCGGGUCGUCGUCCUCGUCGAGCCGGUACGAGAACCAGAAACGACGGGACUGGAACACGUUCGGGCAGUACCUGAGGAACCACAGGCCCCCGCUGGCCCUGUCCAGGUGCAGCGGGGCCCACGUGCUCGAGUUCCUCAGGUACCUCGACCAGUUCGGGAAGACCAAGGUCCACACCCCGGCGUGCCCGUUCUUCGGCCACCCCAACCCCCCGGCCCCCUGCCCCUGCCCCCUUCGCCAGGCCUGGGGCAGCCUUGACGCCCUCAUCGGCCGGCUCAGGGCCGCCUACGAGGAAAACGGCGGGAAGCCGGAGACGAACCCUUUCGGAGCCAGAGCCGUGCGGCUCUACCUCCGGGAGGUUCGCGAUCUCCAGUCGAAAGCCAGAGGGAUUAGCUACGAGAAGAAGAAGCGGAAACGCCCCCCGCAGCAACCGCCGCCGCCGCCGCCGCCGCAGCAGUCCAUGUCGGCUCUCCCGUCGCCGUGAACUUCGCCGGUGAGAUGAUGAUGAUGAUAUGAAACACCAUCUUCAUGUCGGAACAAAUUUCUACUGUAUGUUUGUUUGUUUUUUCCUAUUGAUUAGCUAUCAAUCUUUAUCAUAUAUCGUCUCAUGCAUAAUAAUUGUAGUUUGUACGUAAUGGCAUUAUUGGACAGAUCCGACUGUAGUAGCUUAUAUAAUUAGCAUGUCCUCCUCAUAAUUAAUUACGCCCUCACCCCGUAAUAAUUAAUUCAAAGAUGG